UCCUCUGAGUGCUUGACGCUGGGUGGCUUCCCUGGUGGAGCUUUAGUAUUUACAACAACAUUAUCAGAAGCCUACCCGACGCUGCUGUCCAUCACGGACAGACAGGGAGUCGACCCUUCGCGCAGACGCUUUUAAUAUGUGUUUUCGGUUUACGGCGCGCGUCGCUUCCAGUUCGGACUUCUUUGAAGCAUUUGGGGAUAUUUCUUAUAAUGUUGGCGAGUGAUAUCCGUCUACCGUGUGCACUGCAGUGGUGCGCAGCUUCGCCUGGAGAAACACCUGUGCGCCUCUCCUCUCCACUGGCCACACAGUCAUGAAUGUUGAAUAGCUCAUCAAUGUGUUUUCCAUCAGUUGGUUUCGGCCUUGGUGGCAGCAGCUCGACAAUGAACCAGAGGAGCAUACGGAGGAGUGAUGAAGGUUUCGAGGUGGUUUAAUGGUUGGGUUUGAUGGUCAGUCUUUCCUAAAAGCAGCGGGAGUGUGUGGGGGAGGUGGGAGCGUCUUGUUGCUGUCAGACAGGAUAUAGGGGAGGAUCUAUGGGAGCAGAAUUGCCCGACCAUUUUUGGUUGGAGAGCAUCGUGGAGUUCUGAUCACAGUUGACGCAUUGCACUCCCCGCGUUCUGGCGUCUGGUCCAUUAUAUUUAUAUAAUCAGACUCAUGUAAGCGAGCCUUUUUUUUUUUUCUUACAGCAUACGGUUACACAGAGUAUAGCUCGCCCCCUCCCUCCCCCCCGAGGAACCAUUUAUGCAGCUCCCGCUGAGCAACCUAUGAAUGCCAAUUAUAAAUGUGGGUGGGCAUCAACACUGUUUAAGUUUACAUAAUUCUGCUUAGUGUGCGUGGUGCGCAAAAUACAAAAGGGAGAGAUUUUGGGUAAAUGCAUGACUCAUGGGUUUUAGUGUGUGUGUGUGUGUGUGUGUGUGUGUGUGUGUGUGUGUGUGUGUGUGUGUGCACACUGGUUGUAGUCAUUUUGAAGUUGACAGUGUGUGGGUGAGUUCAAGCAGGUGUGUAUUACAUGAGGUGCAUACUGGAUAAUAAAAUUCUGUCUAUUUCCGAGGAGGAUUUGUUUAACAGACACACAUUUGUGACACUGAUAUGUGCUUCAGAUUAACUGUGGAAAUCAACACUCAUCCGUAAAUCGGGCAUUACAUCGCGGCAUCCCUUUAAUGUGGUGUACAGUGUGUUGUCUCUUCUGAUACCUCUUUCUCUCCUUCUGUCUUUUGUUUUUCAGCGAGCAGAUCACCCUAAGGCGCGGUGACUGUCUGCAUUUGUCUAAAAGAGCAACAGAAGGAGCAGCACAAAUACCGCACAACCAGACAUCAUGCAGGGAGAAAGCUUCCCUCGCUGCAGAGUGCUGAAAUGUUAGCACAGAAGAGCAAGAGUGUCAGAUCAAAUCAGCAGACUGUUUACAUUAGGGGAGGCGAUAAGAGCUGCCUGACACCAGACUCCCUAACGCCCUGCGUGUGGUUUAAGGCCCCUUUCAAUCACGAUCGAGAAAAGACGCAUUAACUGAUCUCUCAUCAGCACUUUUCUCUUUUUCCGUCAGAUUCAGCACUCCUGCAGUGAGCAGAGAUGGAGUGGUCACUAGAAAAUGUGAGGGAGAUGGUGGCAGGAGGGAUGCAGUCUAUAAGGGAGUGUGAGAUCUGUGCUUUCGCCAUUGCCAUGUGUGUGCUGCUGCUCUUCAUGUGGUAUUGUUACAGGGUGGGCCGGGAGCACGGGUCCAGCCCUCUGCGUGGGCGGUAUCUGACUGGGCCCGGCCGGAUUGGAGGGGUGGUGGGGGGCUUUAUGAGUUCAGACUGCAAAGGAAGGGGCAAAGGGAAGCAUGGAUUGUUGCUAGAAGAGCAGAAUGGCUUCGCGUUCUGUCAGUCUUCAGAGUGCUUCCGUUGCACCAGCGCCGGAGAGAGUCUGAACCAGAGGCUCUAUCACAGCCUGCAGGAAUACGCCAAGCGCUACACCUGGUCAGGUAUGGGCAGGGUGCAUAAAGGAGUACGAGAUCAAGGCAGAUACCUGAACAGCCGACCCACCAUCCAGCGGCCAGAGGUCUUCUUCCUCCCAGAUCUUCCGUCAGCCCCUUUCUUCUCUAGAGAGAUCCAGAGGCACGAUGUGGAGCUGCUGGAGCAGAGCUUCCCCGCACUCCUGGCAGAGUUCGAGAGCAUCUACCACCAGCCUCCAGCCCGCAGCGGCUCCUCCCUCCCCCCGGGUUGGAAAGCCAACAACACCCCUCGUGGGCAGUGGUGGACAUACUACCUGGUCAACCAAGGCACCCCUAUGGUUCUCAAUGUGAGGAGGUGUCCCCGUGCCUGGAGAGUGCUGGGCCAACUGCGCACCUUCAUCGCCAAUAAUGUGUUCGGAAACGCCUGCUUCUCUGUGCUGACGCCCGGUGCUCUCAUCUCCGAGCAUUACGGUCCAACAAAUGUCAGGCUGCGCUGCCACCUGGGUCUCAGAGUGCCCCCUUCCUGUGAGCUUGUGGUUGGUGGGGAGCCACAGUGCUGGUCUGAGGGCAGCUGUCUGCUUUUCGAUGACUCCUUCCUCCACAGGGCCUUCCACGAGGGUGGUGCAGAGGACGGCACCAGAGUGGUCUUCAUGGUGGACCUCUGGCACCCUAACGUGGCCGCAGCUGAGAGACAAGCCUUGGAUUACAUUUUUACCCCGGGCCGCUUAGAGGACAAAGAAGGGAAAUAGGUGUGAGUGAAAAACCAUGUCCGACAAAAAAGACAGAUGGAAUAUAGGGAGGGGUUUGUAGGAUUGGGGAGCAACUCUUUUUCUGCCUCCAGACCAGCUCUCAUAUUCACUGUGUACAUAUUCUCCGUCUCAUACAGUAUCUCACCUAACUCUUAUAGCUAAUGACCGAACAUUGGCCCUCUGUUAUCAAUCAUGUUUUUGUCGGUAUAGCUGUGUGAAAGACCGCCUCACCUGAAAACUCUAAAUCAUCAGGUACAUGAAUAUUCAUUCAGCCAUUUGACUGAUGUAUAUUUACAUUGUGGCUUUGACAUUUCAGCCUAAAUGUCGGUGUAAUUUAUUUUUAAUCAUUUUAUUUCCAACAAACUUGCAUCAGAGCUCUAAAGAUUUCUCGAUUCCUCGGUUGAUCUUUCCAAAUUAAACCCCAAAUCUCUUAAUAAUUAAAAGUUGUGCACCAACUUUUGGUUUUGAAUUGAUUGGUUGACAAAACAAAAAAUUUAAAGACAACACCUAGGCUCUGGAAAAAUUCUUUGUUGACUUAAUUACGGUUUGUUUAAUUAUAGUUGCUUAAUAAAUAAUUAAAAUCAUUUUAACUUUCAGAGCUAAUUUGCAUUUGUAAAAAAUCAAACAGUUUGCUGAUAGAGAGCCUAUUAUGUUAUAAAUAUGUCAAGUGGCAACGAGUUUCGCCAACAGCUAUACAUGAACCGGACUCAUGUAGGUAGCAUGUAUGUAGUAUGUCUCCUCUCCCAGGCAUAGCGUUACAAAUAAGAUUUUACAAGGUAUGGGUGGUAUUAAUUUAUGCUUAACAUCUUACAAGUAUCAUUAAUUGUUUUGCACUUACUGAAACCGCCUACAUACAUUUCUGCAAGGGCUAAGUAAUCUGAUCAUUCUCCCCACUACACAUCAUAUCCAGUCAGAAAUGUGUCACGUUUUGCAAGAUUGUCGGUGUUCUUGCACAUUUUUUUAUUUUGAAAAAAAAAAAAAGAACAACUCCCAUUUUCAAAUGUGGGACUGUGGUUGAAUAUUUAUGAGUGUGUGCAAAUAAAAGUCUUUCUUCAUGCAAAACCUUGAAAAAUAUUUUAGGGAUUACAUUUCUUAUCUACAUGGAAAGAGGGCUAACCUAAAGCUACAAGACCUGCUGUUUAAAGGCAACACACAGUGAAGCCAGAUUACAAGAACAUGCAGUAGUUGCACACGUCUUUAUUGGUACGGUCUCAUUACUGAUGAACACAUUCAGUAUCGUUCUGUACUCAUCAUUUUAGCUGAGUUACCUGCAUGAUGCACAGUUUGGACUUCACUAUUAAAAAGAUGACUUCUACUAGAUUCCUCACUAAAACAUUGCACAGGAUGAUAUAGCAGCGUGAUGACACAAACUACAGAAAUGAUUACUUUUCUCCAUGUGUGAUUUGAUAACUGAGGUCCAAUGUUGAUCAUGACAUGAAUGUUUACAGACGCAGCUAAAUAUCUCUGUUCUGACUCCUGCUGGUGUGGUGGUUUGUUGUGCUCCUCUUUCAAAAAAAAUCGAUCCUGGUUUCACGAGACAUGGUUAGAAAAGCACAUUUUUAGGUCAAAUCGUGUGAGUCGGCCUGUGCUGUAACGCUGGGGAUGAAGUGUUUUUGGUAAAUUUACUAAACUCUUGUAAUUUGGUUGCAUUUGAUAUCCGGUUUGUAUUUCUGUAAAUAGGGUCAAGAUUGAAAACAAACGGAACGGUGUGGGAUGUGUUUGAGGUGAUUGUCUUCAAUGCUAUAUCUAUUGUGUAGUGUUGAUUUGCAGCUAAAGCAAGUGCAUUUCUGAAAAAGCCAACCAUGAACUCAUUUUGAUAGAUUACAAUUUGUAGAUUCUGUAAAAUGUUUAUGAAUACUCUCUUUGUUGUUCUGUGAUGUGUUUCCUUUUCAUUUGGCAGCGCCACACAUCGCACAGUGUAAAAGGUAAUGCAAAUUAAUCUUCAGCAGCUUUACAGGUCCAUCCAUCGCAAAUCAGAAUACCAAUCCAAUUCGAUUCCAAUGUUUACAAAAGUAUGAUUAUUUACAAGCUGUUUACAACAUGGGAUGAGAGCGACACUCACAUUGAGCUGUCUUUAAUUAGGUUUAAAAUCAAGAGUGCUGUUAAAAAGAGAAUGAAUCAUUCCCCAAAGCAUUUGCUUUACAUACACAGUACAUGGUGGAGCAACCAUUUUGUUUACAUUUGAAUGAAGAUUUGUCCUUUAACACAUUCUUGUGUGGAUUUUGAACAGUAUUUCUGUACAUUUAAUAAAUGGACUAGUAUCUUAUUUAA